AUGGGGAUAUUGAUUGAAGGGUGGCAGGCUUUUUUCGGCGGUGGACAGGAACAAGUGCUGCCUCCUUAUUGUCCCUAUCCGAGGUUCCCACGUGGCAGCCAAGUUUUGAUUGGAGCCUUAAAGGUUUGCUCACGUGGCAAUUGCUGUCAGCAGUCAGCACCACCCUCAAGUGGAAAUGAGCCGUUUGAUUAUGACCCGUCACAUCAUGCGGUCCCACCCCCUCUUCAAACCCUUGUCAAUCGAUUGGGGAAGCAAGGAAAUGACCCUCCACAUAUUGACCUUCCUACUCACAACACAGAAGCCAUGCCUCUGGGUCUGCCACCUCCAAUUAGAGUGUGA